UCAAUCGGCUAUAAGGGAAAGGAAAGGAAACAGAGGCUGACCACGACGACGUGCGGCAACGCCCUCGCGAGCGCAUGGAGUUCGGCGGCGGCGGACGAGACGCCGGCGCCCGCGCCAGGCGGCAGCUGCAGGCGGCCGGCCGCGCCGCGGCGUACCUCGGCGGUGGCUUCCUCCUCCUUUCCGCCGCAUCCUCUGCCGCCGUCCGCUCCCUCCGCUCCCUCUCCGACGCCAACCAGAGGAAAUUCGCGGCUCCAUGUGGCGCCUGCGAGGGGAAGGGGACCUACGCGUGCAGGCUCUGCAGGGGCAGCGCGACGAUCGAGUGGUCUCCGCUCUACGACCCGGUGUUCGUCAACCCGUGCCUCUGCCCUACCUGUGACGGGACUAGGGUGCAGCGAUGCUUGAAUUGCCUGGGAAAAGGCUAUGCUUGAAGUCUCCUUGUGUUGGUUUAUCUUUGGAUUUGAUUUUUGUGAGGUCAGUUUCUAUUUUUUCUACAGUUUGGUGAGGUAAGUGUGAAUGCAAUGUGACCUGGUGACUGGUGACUGGUGACUGGUGACUGGUCUUAUGCUGAUGGAAUGCGAGUGCGAUAUUUGAUUGAAUUGGAUGGAUUGGGUUGAAAUAUUACUCUUUUUUAAAGGGAACUUGGGAAUUUAGGCUUGUGACCGAGAACUAAAACUAAAGACCAAAGUGUAGAACAAAACGUGUCUUGAUCUUUUGUAGCCUCUGUUUUAUAUUGAAGCAAUGCAAUUAUACUUUCUGAA